AUGGAUGAAAAUGAACCUCGCUCUAACAGCUCCGAGGACAAGGAUCUAGAGAAGGGUGACCAAGAUGUCGAAACACCGGAGAAGGGGCCCGAGAAAGAUCCCAAUUUGGUGGAUUGGGAUGGGCCAAACGACCCCGAGCACCCUCAGAACAUGCCGGUUUGGAGAAAGUGGGUUGUUACCAUGACUUUGUCCUUCAUGACCAUGUGGAUUACCUUCGCGAGUAGUGUUUUCUCAACAGCUACGGUGGUCACCUCCAAGGAAUUCGGUGUUUCGACUGAGGUGAUGACUCUCGCGACUAGUCUGGUGGUUUUCGGUUUCGCAUUGGGCCCGCUGGUAUGGUCGCCUCUUUCUGAGCUCUAUGGACGCAAGAUCCCCUUGUUCUCGGGAUACGCUGUGUUUGCAAUUUUCCAAAUUCCUGUUGCUGUUGCACAGAAUAUCGAAACGAUUAUGCUGUGCCGUUUCUUGCUGGGAGUCUUCGGCUGCUCUCCUCUUGCGGUCGUCGGUGGUGCCAUGGCUGAUUUCUGGGACCCGGUUGACCGUGCUAUUGCUAUUGCUAUGUUCUCUGCGGCAACCUUUGUUGGUCCAGUACUUGGUCCUAUUGUUGGUGGAUUUAUCACCGAUUCGUAUCUCGGAUGGCGAUGGACUGCCUGGAUCACCCUGAUCGCUUCUUCGUUCUUCGGCCUGAUUGCCUUGGUCAUUGUCCCUGAAACCUAUGGCCCUGUGCUCCUGCAGCGACGCGCCGCUCGCCUUCGCCGGGAGACUCGCAACUGGGCGUACCACUCUUUCCUUGACGAACACCGGCCUACCGCCUCUGACAUUGUCUGGAAAUACCUACUGCGUCCGAUUCAAAUGUUGUUCCUUGAGCCAAUUUUACUUCUCAUCACCCUCUAUCUGGCCCUGGUCUACGGCAUUCUGUACCUCUUUUUCGAAGCCUACCCAGUUUCCUUCCAGGAGGUUCGAGGCUGGACCAAUGAGGGUAUCGCCGGGCUACCGUUCGUUGGCAUCUUGGUUGGUGUGUUCUGUGGUGUGGCAUUAAUUAUCUGGCAGACCAAGACCCGCUUCGCUCGCAAGCUGGCCAAGCACGGCAAGGUGGUGCCUGAGGAGCGUCUGGUGCCGAUGAUGAUUGCAUCUGUUCUGUUGCCCAUCGGCCUCUUCUGGUUUGGCUGGACCUCGGACCCUAGCAUCUCCUGGGUGCCGCAGGUGAUUGCAGGCAUCCCUAUCGGCAUGGGUAUCCUUGUUAUUUUCAUGCAGGGACUCAAUUACAUCAUUGAUUGCUACAUGAUGUUUGCCAACUCGGCCAUCGCUGCCAACACCCUGGUUCGAAGUAGCCUGGGAGGUUCAUUCCCUCUAUUUGCAGUCCAGAUGUACCACAAGCUGGGCGUGGACUGGGCAUCCAGUCUGCUUGGGUUCAUCACAGUUGCCAUGAUUCCCAUCCCGGUUGCCUUCUUCUUCUACGGCAGCAAGAUCCGGGCCAUGAGCAAAUUCUCGCCCAAGUUCUAA